AUGAGGUAGAGCGUUUUAUUUAUAAUGAAAUAAUAUUACAAAAUAGGAAACGAACAAAAUAGGAAACGAAGAUAAAAAAAAAGCAUUAAAUCUGUGAUUGACAUAAUCACAGAUUUCAUACACACUACCCUAAUUAUAAUAUCACUAUUUCCUAAUUCCAACACUACCAUAAUUAUAAUAUCACUAUUUCCUAAUUCCAACACUCCCCCCUUAAGUUGGUGUGAAAAUAUUCAAUAAACGCAGUUUGCUUAUAGAUGGCUAGAGUAAUGUUGGGCCUACAAACUUGGUGAACAUAUCUGCUAACUGCUCAAAAGAAGAGACAAAGGAUGGUCUCCCACACUAAUCUGAACCUUCUCUCGAAUGAAAUGUAUAUCAACCUCUAUAUGCUUAGUACGCUCAUGUAGGACAGAAUCAAAAGACAGUAUGAUAGCAGACUACUUGUCACAAAACAAAGACACUGGAGCAGUCUCCUCAAAUCUCAACUCUACCAAAAUAGAACGUAGCCAUAGAAUCUCACAAGUGCCUUGUGCCAUAGCCCUAACUCAACUUCUGCAAAAAACCAUGUUAGAAUUUACCACUCACCUACUACCUCCACUAUCUUUCUCCACACCUACCACCUCCACUAUACCACUCACCUACUACCUCCACUAUUUUUCUCCACACCUACCACCUCCACUAUCACACACUCCACUACCAUCUUCUCCUCUAUAUAUAGGAGUUGUAAUAUACAGAAUAAUAUCAAUCUUGUAAUCCAUCAAUCAAUAAUACAUCAAUUUAUUUUGACAUGGUAUCAGAGCAGACAGAGCUAUAAGAUUUAGGCCUAUACUCCUCUCUUUCUGGCGGGCAGCCGGCCGGCAACCUUGCCUUCGCUGCCCGCUGGAGUUUUUCAACACAUACCACAAACACAUACCAGAAACUCUUUCUUUGUUUCCUCAUCUUUCAGUCGAUUCCACGCCACAGCACCCGCGUUCGUCCCUCGCAGCAACUCCUCUUCUUCUUCGCCUCGGGCCACCGCUGUGACUCAGUCCCAGCCCAGGAUCGCUCAGUUCUCCACAGCUUCAGUUCUCCUUUACCCGUUAAUUCAAAUUUGCAAGCUAGUUUUGACUUAUCUCCUCCGCGAACGAUGGUUCUGAGCGAUCUUGCUUGCUCCUACGCUGCUCUCAUCCUCCACGACGAUGGCAUCCCUGUCACCGCAGAGAAGAUUGCGACACUGGUUAAGGCUGCCAACGUGCCUAUAGAAUCGUCCUGGCCAGGCCUCUUUGCCAAGCUUUUUGAGAAGAGGAACAUCGAUGACCUCAUCAUGAACGUUGGAUCUGGUGG